CAUUAGAUUCACACAACACCAAAUAAAAACCAACUUACAAUACUACACUCAAAUACAACAAAAAAGAACAAAAAAAAACUAUAAAAUGGGGGAAAAACAAGAAGAAAAGUACAAAAAAAAUAACUGGGAAACACUUAAGCAAGAGGAAUCCAUAUAUCAACACCCAGAAGCCCAAGAAUCCUUCCUUGAGAAGCCGUCCAAAGUUGAGGAAGUUAUUGAGUGCCUAGAAAUGAUUGAAAAUGCCAACAAAACGGAUGCCUCUAAGAAGCGAGCAAAGUCUACGGUGACCAUAUCAGAUAUACAUUUUUUGGUAUCAGAACGAACGGUAAAUGAAAACCGUUCUUCAUUUCGACGAAAUAAAACCAGAAAAAUGGUGGUUAACACGAAUCAGUUCCCCUUUAUGCGCCAAAUCGAUCCGGAAUUUGGGGAUCGAGUUUUGGCCAGAGAAGAGCGAGAAAUUGUGGCCGAAUCAUUUCGACGGCUUGGAAAUCACGAGUACCGCAAGUUAAACUUUGGUUUGGCCAAAGACCACUAUACAAAAGGCAUUCAAUAUAUAAAAGACACGCCAGUCUUGUACGUAAAUCGAGCCAUUUGCCAUAUAAAGUUGCGGGAAUUUAGGCUAGGUGUUAUGGACUGUGACUAUGUGCUCACAUAUCUGGACAAAAGCUAUAUCCGAGCUUGGCUUUAUCGAGCGGCGGCCUAUAAACGCCUGAACGAUGAGGCUAAUUUCGAAGAUAGUGUUAACCAGGCGAGACAAUUAAACAGAUUAGAAUCUCUAUUCAUUGAUGAUUUUUUGGAUAAAAUGCGAACGCUUCUUUAGAACCACUUUGGCUAAAUUAUGUAUAGUUAACUAAAUUAUUUAUGGUUGAAAUCUGGCUUUAAUAAAAUUAUAUUUAAAAAUA